AUGCGGCCCCCCGCCAGCUCUGCUCCGUCCUGCUUUGACGUUCUCAGGAUAGGGGAAAGUCCCCAAAAUGAGACAUUAAAGCCCAAAAAACUGGCUCGGGCGAAAGAAGCAAGUCUGGAGCUGCAUCGGACGCUGAACGAACUGAGCCGAAUCGACUUCAAGAUCCGGACCAUCGAGCUGGAUGGGAAGAGGAUUAAGCUGCAGAUCUGGGACACGGCGGGGCAGGAGCGGUUCCGGACCAUCACCACGGCCUACUACCGCGGAGCGAUGGGCAUUAUGCUUGUCUACGACAUCACCAAUGAAAAAUCUUUUGAAAAUAUUCGGAACUGGGUCAGGAAUAUUGAAGAGCAUGCGUCCCCAGAUGUUGAAAAAAUGAUUCUUGGAAAUAAAUGUGAUGCCAAUGACAAAAGGCAAGUGUCGAGGGAGCAAGGGGAGAAGCUUGCUGCAAGUUUUGGAAUUAAGUUUAUGGAGACGAGUGCGAAAGCAAAUAUAAACAUAGAGAAUGCAUUUUUCACUCUUGCAAGAGAUAUCAAAGCAAAAAUGGACAAGAAAUUGGAAGGCAAUAGCCCGCAAGGCAGCAACCAGGGAGUCAAAAUCACACCAGACCAGCAAAAGAAAAGCAGCUUUUUCCGAUGUGUUCUUCUGUGAGGGACACAGCCUUAAUCUGAGCAGCUGCUCAGCUGCACUGGACUGUGCCUGUUCUGAGUGAGAUUUCCUCUGUCUGUGGACUUUUCAACAUACCUUGUCACUCCGUGACCAUCUGAAUAAGAAAUCGUUUAUUUUAGUAAUUGUCUGACUCUUCAAUUUUGGAGAUGAAACAAGUUUAUUUUUGUCAGAUUGCCACUGGGCACAUGUAUUGUCUAGCAGAGGGAAUACAGAUCACGUGUGACCUGUAAUAGCGCCUUUGCUGACAGGCUUCAACCUUUUGUUCGUAUCUGUAAUGUAUCCCAACUAGAAAAAACAAUUAAGUUAUGAUCAAAAUAAGAAACAGAAAUGCCAAUGUUAAUAAAGUACUGGUACGUGCACAUGCU